AACGUGUGAAUAGCUAGCUCUCUUUAGGCCGUGGUGCAAAGUGUCCAAACUGUUCGUAGGGAGAAGUAUGGGAUCCUACCAGACAACGAUGAUCCUUCAGUUGAUAGCUGUGCUGACGUCACUCUACACAGCACAGUCCACUGGCUUCCAGUUUGUGACGUGUGGGUCGGUCAUCAAAUUGGCCAACUCUGAGAGCAAUAUUCGUCUCCACUCUCAUGAGGUCAAGUAUGGGUCAGGCAGUGGACAACAGAGUGUGACAGGCGCAAAGUUUGUUGAUGAUGUGAACAGCUACUGGGUGGUGAAGGCAGGCCACAAGGACACCUGCAACAGAGGUACUCCGAUCAAGUGUGGGUCCGUGUUACGCCUCCAGCACCUUCAGACACGAGGCUACCUUCAUUCCCAUCACUUCCGCUCCCCUCUCUCCAACAAUCAGGAGGUCUCUUGCUUUGGAGGGGACAACACUGUCGGAGACACAGGUGACAACUGGACAGUGGAGUGCAGUGGAACAGAGUGGAGGAGAGAUGAAGCUGUGAGACUCAGGCACUCUGACACUAAUAUGUAUCUCCAUGCAUCUGGUUCAACAUAUGGACGUCCUAUCCAGGGUCAGAUGGAGAUAGCGGGGAUCAAACAGAAGUCCGGGGGUAACGAGUGGAAGGCCAUGGAGGGCGUGUACAUGGAGCCUGUCGACGGCAAGAACAACUUGUAGCAUUGGGAACAUUUAGAUCAACUUGUAUAUCAAAUUUGUAAUACAUGUUCAGCAUUUCUGAUCACAUUAUGAAAAGCUAUUCUAAUUGCACAAAAAUGCAAUUUUUCUGUUAUAUAAUUAUUAUUGAAAAUCAAA